AUGGUAUCCAAAUCGAAGACCGGGCUAUUUGCUCUAGGGUUUUUUACUUUAGCAUCCUUAUUUAUAAUUAUUUCUUUUGUUAGUCCAUACUGGCUUGUUACUGAUGGAAAACUAAAAAAUCCGAAAUUCAAAAGAAUUGGUCUGUGGGAAAUUUGUUUUAAUGGUUUUGAAGAGGUUCAUCACUGGUAUGAUACAGUAUUUAAAGAUUGCUGGUGGAUAUUUGAAGAAGAAUACUAUAUUAUACACGAUAUUCUUCUGCCUGGAUUUUUUAUUGCUACUCAAUUAUUUUUUACAAUUACUCUAUGCUGCAUUAUAACAUCUUUUUUCCUGCUCUAUAUUUACCUGAGAAAAGAAGAGGAUGAUGAUAACUAUGUAACUUUACUUAUAAUAUUUGGGACAACUCUUGUUACUGGUGGUUUCUCAGGAUUAAUAUCAGUUAUUACAUUUGGAGCAAGAGGAGAUGGAAGGGAUUGGAUGCCUAAUUGGGAGCACAAUGACCUUGGAUGGGCAUUUGCACUGGGUGUUGUAGGAGUGGUACUUCUCUUUCCUGCUGGAAUACUGUUUCUAGUAGAAGCAAGAGUCAGGAAAUACAAACGGUUACAUGAAAUGCAAAGUAGGGAGCCAUCAUCAUAUACAAUGCAUGAGCGAAAAGUGGCCUUUCCUGGUCAUACUGAUAUUUAG